AUGGCCCCCUCAGAGGCAUCACCUCUAAUCUCAUCAGCCAUUCAGCAAUCUGCGACACCCGAGGCACACAUAGCGCAAUCUCGUCGCCGAACUAUCCUCCUACUGCUUCUAUACCUCGUGUUCCUCGAUCUCGGAUACGAGCUUAUCAUGCCGGCACAGACUCGGGUCUUGGAACGCAUAUACUGCCGAAUUUACUAUGACGAUCAUGAUUAUGGGCUACACGGAGGCGACGCGAACGGAGGGAUUGAUGAACGGCUAUGCAAGGUUGGCGUAAUACAGAGCGAGGUCGCUAUGCUAAAAGGCUGGCAAGUUACUCUUGACAGCAUCGGCAUGCUUGUAUUCUCUGUUCCUUGGGCGCACGUUGCGGAUGUCCGUGGUCGAAAACCGGUCUUGCUGUUGCUCACCUCUGCACUGUUUGCGAAAUACGCCUUUGUUCAACUCGUUUGCUUCUUUGAUGGCGCCAUUCCCCUCCGAUGGUCAUGGUUUUCGGCCUUGCACACCGUGUUCGGUGGCAGUGUCACCGUUGCCACAGCGUUAAUAUAUACCAUCAUAUCUGACGUGGUCCCAGAAAAUGAUAGUUUUCUUCCAGGUGAUGGCCGCGAUGAUCGUUACACAGUUCCUUGGUCCGCUCAUAAGCGCAGCACUAAUGGUCUGGAGCCCUUGGCUACCAAUGGUCCUUGGCCUGGGUGCUGA